AUGUGCCCGGGGAAGCUGCUGCCGCCGCCGCCGCCGCCGCCGUCGGGGCGGUCUGUCAGAGCCUCUCAACUGCAGCACAACAGAUGCGGCGGCGGCGGCGGCGGGCAAGGGUUCUGGGAACCUUUGGUGAUUUACCGUGGGAAGGAGCUUAAUUCCAUCGCCUCGGAGGAGCUGUCUGUACCACAGGAGGAAGGCGAGCAUUCUCCUAAACGUUUAAUUGAACUCCGCCGGGAAUUUAAGAAAAAUGUGCCAGAGGGAAUCAGAGAGAUGGUGGCUCCCGUGCUGAAAAGCUUCCAAGCUGAGGUGGUGGCUCUGAGUAAGAGAAGCCAGGAAGCAGAGGCAGCGCUCCUGAGUGUUUAUAAGCAAUUAAUUGAAGCGCCAGACGCUAUUCCUUCUUUUGAGGUGACUCUGGACGACAGACUGCAGCACCCCAGCUUUGACCCCAGUGGGCAGCGCCUACAGGACGUGCACGUCUCGUGGAAGAGGUGCCCAGAGCUGCCCAGUGUCAGAGAGCAGAACGAGGGGACGUGCCCUACCGGGCACACGCCGGCCAACGGCAGCCACCUGCACACCCAGCACACCCUCCUGACAGACACCUUGUUGCAGAAGGAUGAGGCCGAGAGACAGAAGGGCCUCCAAGAAGUCCACGUCACCUUGGCAGCCAGGCUGGGGGAGGCAGAGGAGAAAAUCAAGGUGUUACAUUCAGCGCUAAAGGCCACACAGACGGAGCUGCUGGAGCUGAGGAGGAAAUAUGAUGAGGAGGCUGCGUCCAAGGCAGAUGAGGUUGGCCUGAUCAUGACAAACCUGGAAAAAGCCAACCAGCGAGCGGAGGCUGCCCAGCGGGAGGUGGAAAGCCUGCGGGAGCAGCUGGCAUCGGUCAACAGCUCCAUCCGCCUGGCUUGCUGCUCCCCCCAGGGACCCAGUGGGGAGAAGGUGAGCUUCGCGCUCUGCUCAGGGCCCCGGCUGGAGGCAGCCCUGGCCUCCAAGGACAGAGAGAUCCUGAGGCUGCUGAAGGAUGCCCAGCAGCUGCGACACUCCUUGCGGGAGCUGGAGGAGGUCUCGGCCAACCAGAUCGCUGACCUGGAGCGGCAGCUAGCAGCCAAAUCUGAGGCCAUAGAGAAACUACAAGAAAAGCUGGAGGCCCAGGCUGACUAUGAAGAGAUUAAAACAGAGCUGAGCAUCCUGAGAGCCAUGAAGCUGGCCUCCAGCGCUUGCAGCCUCCCGCAGGCCCUGACCAAGCCGGACGACCCUCUGCUCAUGGCCAAGGAGGCCUUCUUUCCCACACAGAAGUUCCUGCUGGAGAAGCCAGCACUGUUGGCCAGCCCUGAGGAGGACCCCUCGGAGGACGACUCUCUCAAGAGUUCACUGGGCACGGAGCCCUCCUACCCUCCUCAGCUUCCGCCUCCACCAGGCCCGGAAGACCCACUGUCCCCAAGCCCUGGGCAGCCACUGCUGGGCUCCAGCCUGGGUCCUGAUGGGCCAAGGACUUUCUCUCUGUCCCCCUUCCCCAGCCUGGCACCCGCGGAGAGGCUGGCUGGGGACCCCCUGCUGCCCAAGCACAUGAUGGGCCCGGCUGCCUUCAAAGGGGAGGCGGGCAACCUGCUGGCAUUCCCACCGGCCUUCUAUGGUGGUGCCAAGCCUCCGGCGGCUCCAGCCACCUCCGCGCUGGGCCCUGAGCCCGCUGGGGCCCCCGAGGCUGUGGACGGGCCUGGGCCGGAGGAGGAGCAGCUGGACACGGCCGAGAUCGCCUUCCAGGUGAAGGAGCAGCUGCUGAAGCACAACAUCGGCCAGCGUGUGUUCGGUCACUACGUGCUGGGGCUGUCGCAGGGCUCGGUGAGUGAGAUCCUGGCGCGGCCCAAGCCCUGGCGCAAGCUCACGGUGAAGGGGAAGGAGCCCUUCAUCAAGAUGAAGCAGUUCCUGUCGGAUGAGCAGAACGUGCUGGCCCUGCGCACCAUCCAGGUGCGGCAGCGAGGCAGCAUCACCCCGAGAAUCCGAACACCCGAGACAGGCUCAGACGACGCCAUCAAGAGUAUCCUGGAGCAGGCGAAGAAGGAGAUUGAGUCUCAGAAGGGAGGUGAGCCCAAGAAUUCCACAGCCUCCGUGAGCAUCCCCAACGGCACGGCCUCCUCCAGCACCUCGGAAGACGCCAUUAAGAACAUUCUGGAACAAGCCCGCCGCGAAAUGCAAGCCCAGCAGCAGGCCCUGCUGGAUAUGGAGUCAGGACCCAGGGGCCGCUCUGUGCCUCCCUCUCCUCCGGAGCGGCCCUCGCUGGCCGCUGUGAGCCAGAACGGGGCCCUGGCCUGCGUGAAGCAGGAGGAUGGCGGCGGUGGCUGCAGCAGCAGCAGCUGCAGCAGCAGCAGUAGCAGCAGCAGCAGCAGCAGCAGCAGCAGCAGUAGCAGUGCGCAGGCGCCGCUAGCUGUCCUGUCCCCCGCGGCCUUUGUGCAGCGGAUUAUCCGCAAGGUGAAGUCGGAGAUCGGCGACGCCGGCUACUUUGACCACCACUGGGCGUCGGACCGCGGCCUGCUCAGCCGCCCCUAUGCCUCCGUGUCGCCCUCCCUCUCCUCCUCUUCCUCCAGCUACUCGGGACAGCCCAAUGGGCGAGCCUGGCCCCGCGGGGACGAGGCAGCCAUCGGCCCUGAGGAGGAGGCGGCCGUGGGCGAGGAUGAGCCUCCCAGGGUGGGAGAGUUCAAGACCGAGGCUGGGGUCCCCGAGGUGGGCAGCGGGAGGCUGCCCUACUACCCGGCCUACGUGCCCCGCACACUCAAGCCCACCGUGCCGCCCCUGACGCCCGAGCAGUACGAGCUGUACAUGUACCGGGAGGUGGACACGCUGGAGCUGACCCGCCAGGUCAAGGAGAAGCUGGCUAAGAAUGGCAUCUGCCAGCGCAUCUUUGGGGAGAAGGUCCUGGGCCUGUCCCAGGGCAGCGUGAGUGACAUGCUGUCGCGCCCAAAGCCAUGGAGCAAGCUGACACAGAAGGGCCGAGAGCCCUUCAUCCGCAUGCAGCUGUGGUUAUCAGACCAGCUGGGCCAGGGCCAGGCCCCAAGCCAGCAGCCCAGCGCCACGCAGGCCAGUCCCACUGAGCCGAGGUCCUCACCGUCACCUCCCCCGAGCCCUACGGAGCCUGAAAAGACUUCCCAGGAGCCCCUGGGCCUGUCGCUGGAAAGCAGCAAAGAGAACCAGCAGCCUGAGGGGCGGGCCAGCUCCUCCCUGGGCGGGAAGCCCUACUCAGGCAGCCAGGCUGCAGGGGGCAUCCAGGAGAUGGUGGCCAUGUCCCCAGAGCUGGACACAUACUCCAUCACCAAGAGGGUCAAGGAGGUCCUCACAGACAACAACCUAGGGCAGCGGUUGUUUGGUGAGAGCAUCCUGGGGCUGACACAGGGCUCCGUGUCCGACCUGCUGUCGAGGCCCAAGCCCUGGCACAAGCUGAGCUUGAAGGGCCGGGAGCCUUUUGUACGCAUGCAGCUGUGGCUGAGCGACCCCCACAACGUGGAGAAACUGCGGGACGUGAAGAAGCUGGAGAAGAAAGCCUAUCUGAAGCGCCGCUACGGACUCAUCGGCACAGGCUCGGACAGCGAGUCGCCCGCUGUGCCCUCGGAGUGCCCUAGCCCCUGCCAGCAGCCCCAGGAGCUGAGCCUCAUGCAGGCCAAGAAGCCACGCGUGGUGCUGGCGCCCGCCGAGAAGGAGGCGCUGCGGAAGGCCUACCAGCUGGAGCCCUAUCCCUCCCAGCAGACCAUAGAGCUGCUGUCACUCCAGCUCAACCUCAAGACCAACACUGUCAUCAACUGGUUCCACAACUACAGGUCCAGGAUGCGUCGUGAGAUGCUGGUGGAAGGAACACAGGAUGACCCAGACUUUGACCCAAGUGCGGGUCCCGGUGUCCUGCCACCAGGCCACACCCACAUAGACCCCACCCCGCAGAGCCCUGACUCAGAGGCUGAGGACCAAAAGCCCCCAAUGAAGAGCCUGGAGCUGCAGGAAUCUGAGAGUCCUGCACCCCGAGCUGCCCCAGACAGGGCUCUGGUGAGGAUUAAGCAGGAGGAGGAUACAGAGGUGGAUGAGGACAGCCAGCCCCUGGAUGUAGGGGAUCCAGACAGAGGGGAAGGCAGCCCCAAAGAGGAGCAGACCCCCACUCUGGAGAACAUUGGACUCCCAGAGCUGGCCCCCGGGCCCUUCCUUUCAGACACGCCCAACCCCGGCUGCCCUUCAUCGCACACCCCCGAAGAAAAGGAGGUUGGGGAACAGGUUCACUCAGACCCUCUGGGUUUCAAGUCCACCUCGGAAUCCUCAUGCUGCAGCCUGGAGGGGCCACCGAACUCACCCUCUGCCAUCUCUUCACCAGACCUCAUGACAUGCGUGUCACCCAUCCCCUCCUCCUCAGCCCCCAUCUCCCCGUCCCUACCCGGCGUCCCACCUGCCAAAGUGCCGAGUGCCAGCCCCACUGCUGACACAGCUGCAGCCUUGCACCCCAGCACCAAGGUGAACCCCAACUUACAGCGGCGGCAUGAGAAAAUGGCCAACUUGAAUAGCAUAAUCUACCGGCUGGAGAGGGCUGCCAACCGGGAAGAGGCCCUGGAGUGGGAAUUCUGAACUGGGGCGGUGAGGGGUGUACCCCAGUGGUCACCUACUCUCUCCUUCCCCCCCCUUUCCUCUCCCAGAUGGGGUGGGGCCAGAGAGGUAAGAACUCAGCCAUGUAAAUGUGGACAGCAAUGUUAAGCCGUUUACGUUUAUUGUUGUAACACUAGUUACCUGAAGUUGUGCGUGAGCAGAUGCCACCGCCUCUUUCUUUUUCACAGCCCUGCUGGUAGGAGGCACUGGGAUCCUGCCCUUGUCCCCUCCCCCGCGGGAGGCAGGACCAAAACGGCACCACAUUCUCACCCAAAAACUCCAAACUCUUUUAGAAAAAUAAAGAAAUAUUUAUAGACCUCUUUCAGCUAUUUUAAUAAAGGAUCCUUUGGAAUUUAUCCCCAGCCGAUGCUGUUUUGAUAUUAAAGAGAGUUAUAAAAUCAGAUGCUGUCACUGCUGCUGUGGAGCAGACACAGACACUGUGUAAAUUUUUUUUUUUUGCCAUGAGAUGAGAUUAAGACAACUGUUCAAAGCCAUCGCAAAGCACUCUUAAGACGGACCAAAUUCAGAAAAAACCCUUGGACUGCGGGUUUUGGUGUUUCUUUCCCCCCACGCCUGUCUGUGAGACACAGCACAAUGCUGCUGCCGCCCUUCCAGAACCCAUAUUGCAAAGAGAAAGUCCAAAAGACUCUAAAUGAAAACCUCCAUGCUGCUGAGGGUGGGACCAUGCCAGCGGCCUGUCUGCAGCCUCCAGGUCGCAAGAGAUCCUGUCGCUGGUGGAAAUGUUGCCCUUAGCGAAUGUAGUGUGUUUCACAAAGGCCUCCAAGCCCGAGUUAGAAACCUCCUGUGGACAGACAAAGUGUUUCCGGAACCUUUGGAAAACUGGGGUGUGGGGGAGGUACUCAAAGAGGGUCACUCAUGUCAGAGUGACCCUGGCUCUCAUCCUGAAUCGUGGCCGUACUUGGAAGGUUUCUCCUAAGGUCUGAGCAAGGCCACUCCAUUCCAGAAAACCCUGUGGCUUCCACCUUCCUUCCUUAUUUCUAGAAGAGAAAGCGUUGCUUCACCGUAGCCCCCCAAAGCUUAGCAACCAGCUCCGAAAACUAGAUCCAUCCAGUCAGAUACCUCAAACUCUGUUUCCCACCAUCUUCUGAAGUUAACAUCGGUGCAUCUCUGGAAAGUGUCCAGGAGUCUGUGGAACUCGGUAAGGCCAGAGUCACUACGACACGGCCACCAUAUCCCCCCCGCCUCUUGGUCUAUUUUCCUACGCAAGACCUGCUUGGGAUCAAAAAAAAUGUGACUCCUCCAACUCUGAAACAGCCUUCCUCCAACCUGAUCGGGAUUUCCAGGGAGAAAGGUCCCAUUGGAUGCGACGGCCUCCGUAUCAGAUUGGCUGUUGAGUCUCUCCUGCUUUUAUUCCUGUCUUUUUUUUUUUUUCCACACUGUGGAAGCUGAACUGGCCGUGAUAAAUGUGUGGGCAUCUCUGUCGCCAUUCAGUGCUCGAGGGACUAACGGCUCUUCCGAUGCAGUGACUAUCCUGAAAUCAUGUGAGCCUAAAGUUGGCCACCAGAAAGGAAAAAAAUAAUAAUAAUGUUCUGGAAUUUCUAACUCUCAUGUGCCCAGCCAGGCUGCAGACAGAUGACAUCUAACAGGCCCCGGAAAAACCUCUUUUUCCACACAUAACCCUGGCUAUGCAUUGAGAAGUUUUCCACUAUAUACGUUUUUAUCCAGAGGAGGGUAUUUUUAUAUUUUGACACUAGGAAACCAUGAUGAGUAUUCAGAGGAAUCCAUUCUGGGACAAACGAAGCCUG